AUGAGUACGAUACCGAGCGGCGAAAAAAAAUCAGAUAACGAGAUCGUGCCCGCGACUCAGAGAGCUACAGAGACGUCAGCUACGCAUUGCCAUGGCGACGAAGAAUAUCCAUUGAAGGACAGUGACAUUCGCGUGCACGCCGACGAGUACAGCUACGACUACGAUGACGACUACCCGGCCUACCAGGAGGAGUACGACGACCUCGAGGAGCAGCCUGUGUUCACGGCGACGCCCCAGCACUUCUCGGUCGAAGUCAACGGCGACAUCACCUUCCCCUGCGACGUCGAGAACCUAGGAAGUCAAGUGUUGAUGUUCAAACACAUCUUGCCGAACGGAGAAAACAAACUCCUUUUCGUCGGGGAUGUUAUUCUGAAGCCCGCCUCCCGCUUCAAGAAGGUAGACAACAGCUUCAUCCUGACGGGGGUCCAGAGGCGCCACGCGGGGAAGUACGCCUGCAGGAUCGAGACGUCGCCGGUCAAGGAGCUCUUCCACACCCUCGACGUCCAGUAUCCGGCUUCGGUGAGCCGCGUGAGCGAGGAGGUCCAACGCGUGGCACAGGGCUCGAGCGUGGCCCUGGAGUGCAAGGCAGACGGCAACCCCCCCGCCGCCAUCAGCUGGAGCCGCGAGCAGGGACACCUGCCGUCGGGGGCGCAGUCGGAGGAGGGUCUGAGCAUCACCCUCGAGAACGUGGACCGCCAUGUGGAAGGGACCUACAUCUGCACAGCCUCGAACGGAGUGGGUGCUCCUGCCUCCACACGCAUGACUGUGGAAGUGGAAUAUCCACCUGAGAUCAUUACGACGGAACCCCAAAACAAGGUUAAGGACGGGGCCCGCCCCAUCGACCCCCAGCAACCACGGUUGUGGAGACAUGAAACCAAGCAUUUAAAACACAACAAAAAAAGAAGCCGAAUUUUCCACACCAGCCACAAAGCCGAGACACAAAAACAACCCCCAAAAAAAACGCUCACCAUCAAGCAGGUCAACGAGGCAGACUUCGGCGUCUACGCAUGCGCCGCCCACAACGCCCUCGGCGAGAGGCAGAGCGCGCUUCAGGUCACAGGCCAGGCCAAGAUGCCCACCUUCACCAGCAGCCCCGCCGGCGGAGAGAAGGAGUCGUACACACUCACCUGGGAGACAGAGAGCUACUCGCCCAUCAUCCGCUACCGACUCAAGUACAGAAAGCAAAGGUCGGCCCUCCCACAGGCCAACGUGACCAGCCAGGACCCCAGCGGAUGGGACGUUCAGAACUACACCCCCGAGAUCUCCCAGGACAUCAUCACAGGGCCUCUGCACCGCAUGAGCCACCCGAUCGCCAGCCUCGAACCCGCCACGGACUACGAGGCCAAGGUCGCCGUCGAGAAUAAGUUCGGCUGGUCCGAGGAGUCCGACCUGUUCCACUUCUACACGCGCAAGGAAGACCCCACUACUACUACUACUACUACUACCACUACCACUACCACUACUACAACGACCAUGGCCCCGGAGCACGUGCACAGCGACCAAGUCGUGGAAGAGGUCGCAGUGGGCCAGAGUGCCAGUUCGGGCCACUCGUUCGCUCUCUCACGUGUCCUCUGGCUGCCCGUCAACCUCCUGGCUCUCCUGAUGCUGUUUAAACUUUAGAAGCCUUUAGCGGUUGCAAGAGGGUGCAAAGCGUCGCCCGAAGUCAACUACCUUGCGGCUCUGUUCUCCGGACGAGCCUCAGCUACCAACACAAAGAUCAACUUAAGGAGAUAUGGACAAAAAAAAACGUAGACUUAAUUUGAUAAGUUAAGACUUUUUGCUCUCGAGGCAAAAAUAUUAGAAAGAAGAUAUGGAAUUGCUUAAGAAUUAUGAAGUAUGUUGUGUCAUAAGAUACUUACCUAUUUUUUUUUUUUUCAUUUUUGUUUAUAUAUUUUUUUUGUAACCAAUUUUUUUUUUCAUCAGAGAAUGAUGUUCUGUGUAACAAAGUGCUGUUGUGGUUUCAGGCUUCGUGAAUGGUAUCGUAAGAGUCUAGUCGUCUCUCCUCAUGUCUCCAUAUAUAUAUAUAUAUUUUUUAUUUUCUCUCACACUAGAAGUCGUCAGAGAUUGUAAAUUAUGUUGACAGCUGUUCUUUACUGUCCACCUCAGCCGAUGAUGUGUCAGUAGAAAUAAGACAAAUGCAUGUUGCACUUCGAGAUUAGGUUCAGAGAUGAAAGAUUUUUUGGAGAAAAAUAAACAAAAAAAUUAUUAACACCAUCCCCCCCCCUUAAAAAAACAAUAAUCCUAGAGCUAUUCCAGUUCAGGAUGAAUUGAUUAAAAGAAUAUCCUCCUGCACUCAAGAAUAUGAUUUCCAAAAAAAAAAAGAAAAAAAAAAGGAUUGAUUUUAAACUCUUCCAGUAUUUUUGCUAGACUGCCUGGGCUCAAUGAGUUCGGAGCCGCUGCAAGUGUCUGCUAGCUUUUGUAUUCUUAAAGAUAAUUAUUCAGCUGCCAGAUUCAUGGAAGCACCGAGCAUUUGUGCUUCUUGAAUGUGCGCGCGCGUGAGUGUGUGUGUGUGUGUGUGUGUGUGUGUGUGUGUGUGUGUGUGUGUGUGUGUGUGUGUGUGUGUGUGUGUGUGUGUGUGUGUGUGUGUGUGUGUGCACUCACAGUAGUGUGAGAGCGAGGAAGAGAAUGGAAAUGUGUGAGUGAAAGCGUGCUUGUGCGCGUGAAUGUAUGAGAAUGAAUGACCUGGAGUAUUGUAUAAGUAUUUCUUAUACAUGCACGCUUGAGUGUAUGUAUAUGCAUAAGUGUUUGUUUGUCCUUGCACGUGCGAGAGCGCAUGCGUGGAAAACAGUGCUGUGGGAGUUUUAAUUCCCCCGUACGGUAGUUUAGUAUCUCUGUACAUAAUGUGGCCACAUCCUGGCCACGUACAGAUCACACUUACUGCUAGAGACACACCUCGGCCGCCUCGUAGGCCAUUUCCAAGCGACUCAUCUGACUUUGUAGCAGUUCCGUACCGUCCUUUGAGAAAAAGAGCAAAAUUUCACUGUAAUUCUUCAUGUUAGCGUGGCAAGUGUGUCUCUAAAAGUAAGUUUGGGUCAUAGAAUCAUAAGUAAUGUACAUUUUACCGUGCUGCGUCCAAAGGACGUUUCUCAAUCGCCUUUGAUAUUACCUAGGAAGGAUGGCGGUAAUAGGGAUACUGUAUCUUCUUUGGGAUUGCUUUGGGUUUUCUGUUUUCAAAAAUGACCAAAAAAAAGAAACCAAAAAAAAAAAGUAUUUGGAGGCCUUUUUCAGUUUGAUUUUUCAAAGAUUAUCGUUACAUUGCUUAUAUCCUGUCACUCAUUCUGGAGCUUUUACUCGUGGGAACUUUAACCGACUGAACCAAUUGCUUGAUCUGUGUUUAAAAACUAUAUAAAAGUAAGUGUCACUAACCUUGUGUAGUAUUCUUUGUAUGUAUUUCCUACCGUUGUUCUGCAUCUUUGGAAUGAAGCAUUUGCCAGCGAGCCAACGACAGUAUUUGGGCCCCACAUCUCGCUCGUCACUCGGUGGCCUUAAGGAAAGUAACAAAAAAAAAAACAAAAAAAAGGGAAAUUUGGCGACGGCGUUCCUGCCUCGUUCAGGAGAAUUGAAAAGGUAGGAAUGAGAAGGAAUGACCUCACACGACGGCGCUUGUAUAAACUUGCCGGAUGGAUAAAAGUGAACGAUUCCUUAAUGUGGAAGAUUAGUUGUGGAAUUGGUCAGUUUAAUUCAUACAUCUUGUUUAUACUUCUGUCGCAAUGAACUCGGCGGAAUACGUAAUCAAACUUUUCGAUAGUGCACUGUAAUAUUAAAUUACAACCCUAAUGGAAAAUGUCUGUUACGUGUCUUGCGUUGUGAGGUGAUCAAUUCUCAUUCUUAUAAUUUUUUUCAUAAUUCGACACGAUAAAAGUGAAGUUUUUUCACUGUGUCUAGAACGGGCAGUGUUCAAAUGAAUUUUUACUAAGGAUUUUUUUUUCCGUGACGCUGUGUUUUCAUUGACAACUUUUAAAAAAUAAACAAACAAAAGGCAACAUAUAAAUUUCCUUUUUUUCAGAAGCUAGAUAUGAAUGGCAUGCUAUCUAUUAACUGUCAAAACUAACAAUGUAUUGUACUUUGGCCAUUUGUUCAUCAGGAUGUCACUUGACAAAUUGUACUUGAGUGUUUUUGAAGCUAAAAUUAGUGGUUGACACCGUUCACCCUAUUUCAAAAAUGAGACUUCGCAGGGGGAGCAACAUUAUCAAAAUUCUCCCAAGAUUUUGCAAUUGGUUUCAUUUGCUUACAUUACGAAAAGCACAUUGGUAUCAAUAUGCUUUCCAUGUGGCUCUCCUGCGUAAUAUUUUGUACUAUAAUCUGCCAAUAAACGUGUCAAUGUAAGACUAAA